CGCAUGCGCAGUGUGGAUAUCGGCGGGUUGGUUGGCUUGUGUUUACAGCUCGGCUGGAUGUUGUUGGUUGCUGAUGUUAUUGAGAGAGUGCAAUGUUGUGCCAACCGCCCUUGGAAUAAAUAUAACAGUGGAAAUAAAGGUGAUUUUGCUCAUCUUCUUCCACUGCUUCCUCCUCCCGUUUCACAUUCAUGAGCAGCGUGGUUGAGUUUAACAGCGGCAGCCAUGGAUGACAAGGGCUCGGUGGGGAAGAUUAGCGUGUCUUCGGACUCAGUGUCCACUCUCAACAGUGAGGACUUUGUCCUUGUGUCCCAACUGGGGGACGAGACACCCUCCUCCACUAAUAAUGGUAGUGAUGACGAAAAGACAGGACUGAAGAUUGUAGGGAAUGGAAGUGAGCAGCAGCUCCAGAGGGAAUUAGAGGAUGUCCUCAUGGACCCGUCGGUAGCUGAACACGGUCUUGGACCAGCAGCAGGCAUGGACGGCCUUGGUGCUGGUGACCAUGACCUUCUUCCCAGCACAGUGUCACCUAUACCACCAGGCUCUGACCCUCUGAGUGCACACUCGCCUAAAUUGGAGAUGGUGCUUCCUGUUCAGACGGCCCAGGAGAGUGAGCUGAAUGAGAGGUCAUACCGAGGAGAUGAAUCAUCAUCAGAAAGCAGCCCUGGCAGUCCCCUCCCAGAUGAGGACAGUGUUGUGUUCAGCCAGCUGACAUAUUUGGGGUGUGCCUCAGUCAAUGCUCCCCGCAGUGAGGUGGAGGCCCUACGUAUGAUGAGUAUCCUCAGAGGGCAGUGCCAGCUCCCCCUGGACGUCACACUGUCUGUGCCAGGCGUGUCUGAAGGCACUGUCAGGUUGUUGGACCCCCACAACAGUACAGAGAUUGCCAACUACCCAAUAUAUAAGAUUCUGUUCUGUGUGCGAGGCCAUGAUGGCACACCAGAGAGCGACUGCUUUGCCUUCACAGAGAGCCACUACAAUGCUGAGAUUUUCAGGAUCCAUGUGUUUCGCUGCCAAAUCCAGGAGGCGGUGAGUAGGAUACUGUACAGUUUUGCCACAGCGUUUCGGCGGUCAGCCAAGAAGGCAGUCCUGUCAUCUCAGCAGGCUGCUCCACUCACCCCUGAUAGUGACUUGUUUACCUUCACCGUCAGCCUAGAGAUCAAGGAGGAUGAUGGAAAGGGUACCUUCAGUGCUGUAGCAAAAGACAAGUACAAGCAGAGCUUCAAGCUGCGUGCAGGAAUGGACAAGAAAAUUGUCAUUUAUGUCCAGCAGACCUCCAAUAAGGAACUGGCCAUUGAGAGGUGUUUUGGUCUUCUGCUCAGCCCAGGGAAAAAUGUGAAGAACAGCGACAUGCACCUGCUAGACCUGGAGUCAAUGGGAAAGAGCUCUGAUGGGAAGUCUUACAUCAUCACAGGAAGUUGGAACCCCAACACGCCCCAGUUCCAUGCUGUGAAUGAGGAAACACCCAAAGAUAAAUUCAUGUACAUGACCACAGCAGUGGACCUGGUGAUUACCGAGGUGGAGGAACCAGUCCGUUUCCUACUGGAGACGAGGGUCAGAGUGUGCUCCCCAAAUGACAGGCUGUUCUGGCCCUUCAGCAAGCGUAGCUACACUGAGACCUUCUACCUUAAACUACGACAGAUGGAGCGCAAGGAGCGUAAGAGUCCUGCCUCUGACACUUUGUAUGAGGUGGCGAGUUUGGAAAGUGAGACUGAGAGAGACAAACGGAAGACAACAGCUAGUCCCGGCAUUUUGCCCACUGGGGCUGGUACCAUGGUUCCUUCACCUCCUGAAGAUGAUGAAGAGGAAGACAACGAUGAGCCGUUACUCAGUGGGUCAGGAGACGUUUCCAAGGAGUGUGCAGAGAAGAUCCUGGAGACCUGGGGGGACUUACUAUCCAAGUGGCAUAUGAACCUAUCAGUGCGACCCCGGCAGCUGCCAGCUUUGGUGCGGAGUGGAAUUCCUGAGGCUCUUCGUGGGGAGGUGUGGCAGCUCCUGGCAGGUUGCCAUAACAAUGACCACCAGGUAGAGGAGUACCGCACUCUUAUUACUAAGGAGUCCCCCCAGGACAGUGCCAUCACCAGAGACAUAAACAGGACAUUCCCAGCUCAUGACUACUUCAAAGACACUGGAGGAGAUGGACAAGACUCACUCUACAAGAUCUGCAAGGCUUACUCUGUUUAUGAUGAGGAGAUUGGCUACUGCCAGGGACAGUCCUUCUUGGCUGCUGUGCUGCUGCUGCACAUGCCAGAGGAGCAAGCUUUUAGUGUGCUGGUCAAAAUCAUGUUUGAUUACGGGCUCAGGGACCUUUUCAAGCAGAACUUUGAAGAUCUGCACUGCAAGUUCUUCCAACUUGAGAGACUCAUGCAGGAAUAUAUACCAGACCUGUACAACCAUUUCCUUAGCGUGGGUCUGGAGGCUCACAUGUAUGCAUCUCAGUGGUUCCUCACCCUCUUCACAGCCAAGUUCCCUCUUUACAUGGUCUUCCAUAUCAUUGACCUGCUACUGUGUGAGGGCAUCAGUGUGAUCUUCAAUGUAGCCUUGGCACUGCUGAAGACCUCAAAGGACGAUCUGAUCCAAACAGACUUCGAGGGUGCACUCAAAUUCUUUCGUGUCCCAGUUCCAAAGAGGUACCGGUCUGAGGAAAAUGCAAAGAAACUGAUGGAGCUGGCUUGUAGCAUGAAGAUCAGCCAGAAGAAGCUUAAGAAAUUUGAGAAGGAGUACCACACCAUGCGGGAGCAGCAGGAGCAGCAGGAGGCUCCUAUUGAGCGAUAUGAGCGGGAGAACCGUCGUUUGCAAGAGGCCAACAUGCGUUUGGAGCAGGAGAAUGACGAUCUGGCACAUGAGCUCGUUAGCAGCAAGAUAGCCCUGCGCAAAGACCUCGACAAUGCUGAGGAGAAGGCAGACGCCCUGAAUAAAGAGUUACUGCUGACCAAACAGAAACUGGUGGAGUCUGAGGACGAGAAGAGGCGGCUGGAAGAAGAAUCUGCACAGCUAAAGGAGAUGUGCAGACGAGAGCUUGACAAGUCUGAAUCAGAGAUUAAGAAGAAUGGCUCCAUUAUUGGAGAAUACAAGCAGAUCUGCUCUCAGCUGAGCGAACGACUUGAGAAACAACAGACAGCCACCCGUGGAGAACUGGACAAAAUCCGGUUGAAAGUGGAAGGCUGUGAGAGGUGCAGCGGACUUUUCAACAAAGAGGGUCGUGUACGGGCAGCUGUGACCAGGGCACCUGCUGGAGGGCCUGAGGAGACCGAUGAGGAGAAGGAGGGUUUAAAUAACCAACUUAGAGAGAUGGAGCUGGAACUAGCCCAGACCAAACUGCAGCUGGUGGAGGCCGAGUGCAAAAUCCAGGACCUAGAGCACCACCUGGGUCUGGCCCUCAACGAGGUGCAGGCCGCCAAGAAGACCUGGUUAACCCGAACGCUAAGCUCCAUUAAAACUGUCACUGGGAGCCAAGGCAAAGAGACCACCUAACCUGAUAACCCCACCCACCCCAGUUUUACACAGAUCAUAUCUAAAACUCAGUGCAACUCACCACUGAAACCUGCGGACUCUUAAACUUAACCCACUGGGCGACGACUUUAACUUGAACACUGACCGUUACAUCCCAGGAUGACCAUUACUGCAGAUUGUGUUCCAUGUUCCCGUUAUCCAAACUGUCCUCAUGUUUCCCCUGUUCCCCUCCUAAUCUAAUCACCUCUACCCACAUCUUCCUGUCUCUACCCUGAUUGACUACAGUCAACUGUGCUGAUGGGAAGGGGCUGAAAAACAUAAAAUGAAGUACAAUGGUACCACUCAACCCAGAAAAACUGUGCUUCCACCAGUCACAGAUUGAAAAGUAUGUAAAUAAGAGAGAGAGAGAGAAAUGCUUCAUUAGUUUCUGUUUUUGUACUGCUGAUAUUAAAGACUUGCAGAAGGAAGGUAGGACAUCUGAACUAUAACUGUCCUGACAUGACAGGGAUGAAAACACUCCGUCCUUUCUUAAAAUCAUCCUCCCCUCUAAACUACUGGCACAAACAACUAGUCCCUGUAAGAUUUUUGUUUUAGGUACAAGAGCCAAUAGACUCCUUUUCAAAACUGUUUUCUAAUUUACGUUGAACAACACUUUUCUUUUUCUAAUUAUGUACAUGAAUGUGCUUAUGUAAAGAUUGUGUGUGUGUGUACGUGCGCAUGUUUUUUGUUUUGUGCUGACUGUGAACUGUGUUUAUGCGAGAUGGAAGAACAUGUUUGAAUGCAUAAAUUGACUGAAAUAACGUUAAAAUGUGUGUAGACAAGAAGCAGAAAUACAGUGCGGCGACGUAUGCCUAUAAGGGAGAACUGUUUUUCCUGGUUGUCUACUUUCCUUUAAUGUUCAAAUGUAUAUAUGAAUGAUGCUAAAGAGACAUUUGCUGACAAUGCCUUGAUCUGAAGGUUGAUAUUGAUGUCAGAGGACAUGAAUAUGUAAUUUACAGUAAAAGCAGAAGCUGUUGUAGCUACCAACAGCAGAGCUAUUUCCUCACAUCAGGUUUCAGACAUAAAACAUACUUCUCAUUUUUUUGGUUUCAGCCUCCCAGCACAAAGAAACUAAAAGCUCCAAAUCAUGAAAAACCUCUACAUGUACAUAUAUCUGUUAAAACAUUGUUGAACCCCAGAGUUGUGCAAUGAUUGUAACAAACCCUAAAUAUCACUUAGUGAGAUGUACAUUUCAAAUGGAAAACCCACACACCAAUUUGUAAGUCCUGUUGCACUUGAACAUGCCUUUAAAACCUGCCCCCGGCCACCCACCCCUUUGCUGGUGCCAGCUGUUCUGUGAUCUUUGACCUUUAACUUCAGAUGACAGGGUCAUGUUUGAUACUUUGUUAAGCAAUUAUAUACAGGUGGAUACAGAACAAACACUCACUUCAUUUGGAACGCCUGUCUCCUCCAGGCAUCAGGGUGAGGAGGUCUGGUUACUACUUGUGAAAAACAAUGUGAUCUGAAAGGCACUAUGGUUAUUACUGAUAAAUGAGGAUAGUUCUUCAUGGAAGAUUGUGAGGAAAACGGAAACAAACCUGGCAGCAGCAGCGGGGGGGAAGGCACUGUGUCAGUGAGGGAGGUCAGAAGAGAUCAGCCAAAAAAGAUGUUUAAAACUACCAGAAAGGCCACAGCACACAUGGAGUGUACCCAUAGAGUGCAGAAGGGCAUCUCACAGUAUGACAUGCUAAAUCAUGGCUUGUCUUAAGUUUCCACUGCUGGCAACUCGUAGCUGUGUGACAAAGUGCUCCUCGUCUCAAGAUAGCUCCAGAAACAUGACAGAAACUUGUGUUUAUUCUGGCUGCCUGCACUUGACUCAGCAGAGCACCUCUGGGAUGUGGCAGGAUAACAUGAGCACAACCAUCUCACUGUUCACUACAAUCUGCAGGAAUUGAUUGACUUCAUUGAACCAGCAUGGAGCAAAAAUCCCUGUGAAACAUUUCCAACACCUUGAUAAAUUCAUACCUCAGAGAAUUCAACAUGUCCAAGAGGCAAAGGCAGAUGUUACACAGUGCUAAGAUGGUUUAAAUACUGAAGUGGCCAGCGAGUGUGUGUGUAUAUGCACACACGUUGUGAAAAGUCACAGAGGUCUAAGUCUGCACCUAAAGUGUAGAUCAGGAAUUAACACAAUGAGUUACAGGACUGUGAUCCGAGGUCAAAGCCAGGAUCGAACUGGUGCCUACAUCAGUGCAGAGGGAACAGUGUUUUAAAAAAGUGCUGAUGGAUUUGUUUUCAUACUUAGAAAGGGGGUUCAACAAGAUUCCACUUAUUAUAAAACAAAUAAUAUUCAUAUUGGACUUUCUCUUGCCAGUCUAAAAGUUGACUGUUACUGUAAAUCGCGUUUAACUUGAAGGUGGAGUCCAACUGCCUGUAAUCUAUUUGUGAUGUCAGAGGAAAAGUCCAGAUGAGUUUAAAAGAAACAAAGGGCCGUUAUUCCUGUAAAGGCACUGGGUUGUACAUAAGCAUUAAAAAAAUGAACACUGA